AUGCUCUUUCCACUGGCGGAUGCCUACUUCGCUCAGCCUCACUACGCCGCGCUGGAGUCGGUACUGUUUCACCACCCAGCCGCAUCUGUACUCGUCAUCGGUCUCGAGCGAGAUGGCUCCAUGUUCCAAGCAUACCAGCGAGAAGGCUAUUGCGUGACCACACUGCGCGCAGACAUGCCGGCGCUCGGCAAGGAGUUGGUCGCAGCCGUGGGCAGCGAGCACAGCUCGUCCAUUGAAGCUUUUUUGGAAAGCCACGGACAUCCUAAGACGGAAGCAGCGCUGCUUCGACUUUUCAAUGUCGUGCUCCUCGUCCUACAGGUGAUGGAUGGAGGCACCAGUCUGCCUAUGGAUGGCGUGCUGCUGAAUCCAUGGGAUUUCGCCCUACCUCCUGCGCUCACCUUGCAGACGACUGGAGUCUUUCUCGAGAAACUGGAGGCGACAGACACAGCGCUUCCCUGGGCCUUGCAAGCGGAGGACUUCGAGCGCUCUUGGUUGCCUAGGUCCUACUUCGACCGCUCGGACGGGGGGACCUCUCUUUGCCUAGAUGCGCUUUGCCCAAGGACGUUCCCCCGAGGCAGCAGCUUUGCGCGCCGGCUGCUGUUGCUGCUGCUGACGGAAGGCCUGGCGAAGGAAGGAGUCGACAUCGGUCAGUACGCCACGAUGCUCUACCGGACUUAUGUUGGGCAGCGCCCAAGGCGCACGCCUUUCCUGGUGGGCGACGUCGGGUUCGAUCACGAAAUGGUGGUGCUCCCAUACUGGUUGCAUGUACAGCCACACUUCGCAGACGGCUGGAAGGAUUACGGCGGAUCGGACAGCGACCUGACGCAGUACUCAGACCUCUUCCAGCCGAGGCACAUGCGUUCCAUGUCUGACUGGUCUCUGACAAGCACUGCCAGGCUCUGGCUGCCUCUGGGUUAUGGCCCUGCUUCGGCGCGGCAGGCUAUGCCUGGCAGCAUCGUGGACUUGGCCCUGAGGCACUUCACCUUGGACUUGGCUCCCAGACCAUUCAAGAAGAAGGCCUUCCACAACGGGAGGAAGAGACAGCAACCUCGCCGGAAGCGCUUGCGAUCGCCGGCGGAUGCAACUGCCGAGAACACGGCCUUCAUAGACGAGGUCUACACUGCGAGGGGGCAACCCGUCUACCGUGAAGGCGCCCUGCCUGGCCCCGUGGGUGGCUUCCGCACUUUCCGCGAGGUGCGCCUCGUCGGAUUUGAGGAUCAGGGCUUGUCUUGGAGUGUCAACAUCCGGGCCUCUCGGGAGCUGCGCUUCUUCUGCCGAGCGGAGCAUCGUCGACAAGGCAGCCCGGAGGCUCCGGUGUCGGCUGAGAGGCGACGCUGCGAGGCUGGUCUACAGCGAGCAGAUCACGGAAGCCCGGGUGAAGGCGCAGAUUCCGCGCUGGUCUUCACGAGCUGCGGCAGUCCUGCAGAGGUCAACGCCGCUCUCUCGCUCCUGGCCUACCACUCGAAGCAAGGGAUGGCAUCGGUUGACGCAGGGUCUCCUCGCCGCGAUGCACGCCAAAGUGCGGAGGAGCUUGAGGCCCACUUCGGCAUGCUUCGGAUAACAGCCAGUGCAGGCUGCUCGCCUGGAGCAGGUCCUUCGGCAUCGCAGGUACCCGAGGUGCAACUCUCUGCACUCCUAGACGAUGUGGAGGAGCACAUCACGGUCAUUGCACAUUGUGCUGAGCGCUGCCACCUCCUGGACAGGCUGGCAGAUUCCUUCCGCGAGUUUUACGGCCGCCUUCCCAUCAUCGCCACGUGCGAGUGCUCCGAGGAUCAAGGGUGCACAGCACCCGUCCCUCGCAAGCAUGAGACGGUCCCUCACAUGACGGUCGUUUCCGUGCCUUACGACUUCGGGCUCUCGCGCGGGAAGACGCUCCUCAUCGAGAUGACCCAGACAGAGUUUGUGCUGGUGCUGGACGACGACUUCACGCACUCCUUUCAUUCUUGCUUAGAAUGCAUGCUUUGGAAGAUGCGCAGUCGGCACUACUCCUUGUGGAAGCCUUUUGACAUUUUGGGCUUUCCCGUCCAGGAGGACGAGCGUGGCUUUGGUGCCUUCCGGGGCAGGCUCCGCGUCACGAACCAGCAACUCUUCCUGGAACCCAUGGUCGAGGAGCUCCUACCAGACGGAUGCAUGCGAGUGGAGAUUUGUCCGAUGGUCUUCCUGGGACGAACAGCUCGGAUGAAGACCUUCCAAUUCCAGAAGGAUCUGAGGGUUGGUGAGCACGAGCAGUUCUUCUACUCCAAUGCCUACCAGGGGGUCCAGGUGGCAGUGUGUUUCGACUCCUCCUUCCCCCACUUCCGGGUGAACACCAUGAGUGCAGCCUACGUGAAGCGACGUGAAAGGAUGCCCGAGUUGAUGGCCAAUGCCUUCGAAAAGCUGGGCUUCGAAAGGGCCAUGUUCCUCUUCCGGAAGUAUGAUCAUGGUCGGAUGGAAGACUACGACGAGCUACUGGACAAGACGGUGCCGCCGUGGCACGUGGGGCACGACACUUGCGGCCCUCCCACCGCUCCUCCGGUCCCCUUCGCUCAGCUCUUCGCCGUUGUGCUGACCACCGCGGAUGCGGUCGGCCGGGCCUUUCGCAGCGUGCUGCGCAGUCAGUCCUGGCUGCAGAGAUUUGCGGCGCUGGCAGGCGUGGCUUCUCUUCGCUGGGUCUUCGCAGUCCAUCCCCGUGUGGACGAGGCUGGUGUCCACAACGCUCUGCAGGAGGAGCAGGAUGCCCAUCAGGACAUCCUUGUUCUGCCAGCUGCCACGAGAUUGUCGCCCGCUGCCACUGGACAAGAAGCCACCACGGAUCAGCUGCUGCAGGCUUUGGGGCUGCUCCGGGACUUCCACUUUCGCUGGCUUCUGGUCACGAGGCAGGACGUCUUCGUGCGCGCCGAGGGCUUCCUGGGCGAGCUGCAGCAGUUGGAGCCAGCAGGGCGCAAGGUCCUGGGAUCGUGGCAGCAGCAGCAGCAGCGCAGCUGGAGGCUGGAUCCUCACUUCUUCGUCUUGCCCCGAGAUAUCUUUGCGCUCCUCUCGGCGCCGGAAGUCAUCUCGCGUCUGGCGGCCCACGGACCACACAGCGUAUUCGGCGAACUGUCGAACAUGGCAGCAGGCAUCAGUGCUUGGAUGCAUGCCUUUGCCGUCGAGCGCCGGCAGUUGCAGGGCGCCCAUGCUCGAAGUGAUCAGGGGCUGGCCUGCCAAGUCAACACUGUGACCAUGCAUCCGGUGAGCCCGGAGGAGCUCCAUGCACUCGGUCAGUCUCCCGCGUCUUUCAGGUGCUGA